ACGUUGAAUCUUUUUCAGAUUUAUACGCAUUUUGAUAACACAGGAGUGAUCCAAGCCUGCCUAUUUGAAUUGUGCACACGGCUCGAGUGGAAAAGCGAUAGAAAACCAGCAUGUCGAAGCCCCGUUUGACCUAUUUUGAUGGCAGAGGAUUUGCAGAAGUAUCUCGUUUGGCUUUGAGUGCUGCAAAAAUUGAGUAUGAUGAUAUUUACCUGAGAACCCGUGAAGAAUUUUUGCAGUUGAUCACAGAUGGUAAACUGAUGUUUAAACAAGUUCCCCUGUUGGAGAUUGAUGGUCAGAAUCUUAUUGGGAGUGAGUGCAUUCUUCGAUAUAUCUGCAGCAAAGGAAACUUACAGGGGAAACCAGAGGACCAAACAAAAAUUGAGAUGCUAUCCAUGGGAGCGAGGGACAUGCUUAAAGCAGGAUUCUCCGGUGCAAAGUUUCAAGCCACAUCAGAGAAAUGUGAAGAGAUGUUACAGAAUGCAGGAAAGCAGAGCAAGGAGAGGUACCUACCAGUCUUUGAGAAGGUUUUGGGCGAGAGUAAAUCUGGUUUCCUAGUAGGAGAUUCCCUCACCAUGGCUGAUCUUAUGUUCUUUGACAGUGUAAGCUACGUGAAUGAUAUCUCGCAGUUUCAGCCUUUGUUAGCAGAUUUUCCUAAUUGCAAGCGCUUCAUUGAGCAUUUCUCCAGCCAACCAGGGAUCAAGGAGUACCUGGCUAGCCCCAGGCGCCACCCACCUCCGUCUGAUGAAUACGUUCAGGGUGUCAGGAAAGUUCUCAAUCCACCAAGCUCUUAAAGGAAUGUAGUGUGCUUUCUCUCUUGUGUGUGCUAAUGUAUGUAGAAUCAUGUUGACAGAUCAACUCUUGUGUUCAUGUAUUUUGGCGCAUGGCCGGAUUGAGGAAUUUUAGCAUUAAACAACUGGGGAGUAAGCCUAACACUGGUAGAAAAAUGGCUGGGAUGUGAGUCUAGCACUACAGAUUAGUGGGUAAUUAGGUUAAAAACUAAUUAGCUUGCAUGUCAUCUGAAAAGGUGUUAGGUUUAAAAACCAUUCAUGCCAUGUUUUUUUUUUCUUAACUAGGUGACAUUGGCAUUUAUUUUGUCAAUGAAAACUCUCUGUGGUGUUUAUUCAUUCAUUAAGAUAACUAAUUG